CCUUUUUGCACGGUUUCUUCACUUUAUUUCUUAUUUUUUAUUCCUGUUCAUAAAAUGCCACCAACUCGCGCCAAAAAGGCAUGCACCACCUGUAACCGACGCCGGAUCCGCUGCAAUGUAAUGGACCAACAGCCAUGCGCAAACUGCGUGGCGUUGGAUACGCAUUGUGAGAUUGGGGUUUCGCGACGGGGGAAGUAUCCGCGGAGCAAAAUCCAUCGAGGGACUCCACAGCAGCGGCAGCAGGAACAUGUUCAUCCCCAGAUCUCAAAGCCAGUUUCAGCUUUGCCUGCGUCGUCAUGGAAAACGCCAGCAUCAGAGAAUUAUGUGCAGAUAAACCACCCUGAAAGGAUCGUCCUCAAACCAUCACUAUCACACACCCAGCAAACCGUUUUUCUAGGCGAAUCUAGUCCUCUCACCUGCGUCAUCGAUGAAGGACGCACCAGAUCCCCAGAUAAAGGCUACGCAAACGAAAUAUCAAAAACAAGACUCCACUACCCAAUCCCAGAAAGACUAGACGCAAACACCACCCGCGACGAGACCCUUCGUGCACACAAGAGCACCAUGAAAGAACAACUAACCCGAAGCGGCGUAUUUUCAUUCCCCUCCAAAGAUAUCCGCGAGUCUCUCCUUCAGGCAUACUUCACUUGGUUCCACCCCUGCUUCCCGAUCCUCGACCGCAAAGCCAUUCACGACACGUACAAGAAUGAAACCAUACCUCCCCUUCUCCUGCAAUCAAUGCUCUUCAUUGGUGUGAGUCUCUGUCCAGAUACUACCUUCGCGAAAAUAGGCUUUCCAACGCGCUACUGCGCUAAGGUCCUGUUUCAUAGUCGCGCCAGGGCUAUUUAUGAUGCGGACUGGGAGUCGAAUAAGAUUACCAAGUUGCAGGCGCUAUUUCUGUUGAGUUUUUGGAGGGGUGGGCCGAAUGAGGAGAGGGAUACGAGGUUUUGGUUGGAGGUAGGGAUUUGUCUUGCACAGAAGAGGGGGAUGCAUGUUAUGUCGAAAUUGUCGUUUCAGUCGGGGAGAGAGGAGAUGCUUUGGAAGAGGAUAUGGUGGGCUUACUAUAUCCGUGAUCAACAAAGCUCCGCAGCAUUAGGGUUACCUGCGAGGAUCCGCGAUGAAGACUGCGACGUUGCCAUGCUUGAGCCAAAAGAUAUUCAAGACGAGGAGGGCGUUGAAGAUCAAACCAUCUUUGGGGUACAACGUGCAGAACACAUUCCAUAUCCGAUUGAGAUGGCCAAGUUGACGCGGUUAUUACGCGCGAUCGUGUCUACACAAUAUCUACCUAGACAACCCACCACAAACGGGACAUCCCGAGAAACGCUACAUUCCCAACUCGCAGAAUGGGAAUCUCAACUCCCAUCAGAGAUGAAACUAGGAAGCCAAUCCACACCAAGUGCCAUCUUUUUGACCGGACUCCUGCACAUGACAUACAACAACCUCUACAUCCUCCUCUACCGACCUCUCUUCCUCCACCCCACCACAACCACAACUACCACAACCGAAGCCCAAGGCACAAUCGCCCUCGAAGCUGCAACCCGCAGCACCCGCAUAAUCGAAGAUAUGCUCUCCCACAACCUUGUCCAACACGGCCCAAACCACCUAAUCACACACGCCUUUUCAACACUCUGCAUCCACACGAUAAAUUGCUGCCGUACAACAGGGACGACUAGGAAACUCGCAGAACAUCGCGCGAGAUUGUGCUUGUUGGGCCUGCAGGAGUUGCAGAAGAGUUGGGACUUGGAGAAUUGGGUGCUGGAUUUGUUUUUUCGGUGUUUGGAUGAGAGUACGGCGCAUUGUCUGAGGAGUGGAGAGUCACCAGUUUCUGAGAUGGGGAUGGGACGGAGCCAUGGGGUUGAUAAUUUGUCUGGUGGUAGUACCGAGGCGAAUAAUGUUACGGGCGCGAUUGCUCUGGAUAACUCGCAGCCGUGGCAGGAUCCUAGUCCGGAGCUUAUAGCACCGAAUGAUUGGUACGGACUGUUUAACUUUACGGAUGACUAUACGGAGGUCCUAGGGACGAGUUCACAGCCUGACUCGCUCAAUCUACAGAGCCUGGAGUUUCUGUAUAGGUUUCUGUGAUAAUGAUGAUUUAAUUCAAUUGAUUAAUGAUCGCUUUUGAAGCCUAAAUUAUGGCGAGAAGUUCAUAAUAUACACGAUAUGUCGAAAUGUUCAAUAAGAAUUAAUGUAAGAUGUUCAUGCAUUAUUUGCACAUGAGAAACUGGCACUGCUGGGAUUAUCGUGCAAUGCUUUGCCUGAUGCAUACAAUCCAAGGCCACACUGGACUUGUUAGUCUAAGAUUCCUAGGAGAGGAAGACGGAAACUCACAAUGCAGCAUGCAAUUCCAAUAAUGAAGAUAUUGACACAAGUCAGGAGUAUCUUUGUCGGACUUGCAAAGUAUUGGCCUUUGUUCAUGUGGAGCCAGAAGAUUGCACUGAAGCCGUCUGU